GCAACGCGGAAGUUCCCUGGGGCGAGAUCAGGGAGGGGAGAGACCCCGAGAACCUGCCGGGGGCUGGAGCCAGCAUGAGCCGGGGGUCCAGGUCAGGGGCACGAGGGCAGCAGGAGAACGUCCCCUCCCAUCUCCUCCUGGAUCAUGAAAACCAGCAGGUGUUUGAGCUCCUGGGCCGGAAAUGCACGACCCUGGCCACGUCGGUGGCCCAGCUGUACCAGGCCUUGCCCCCCAACAGCCAGGUCUGGGGCAAGCAGGGCUGCGGGGUCCUGUGCCUGGUGAAGGAUAAUCCCCGGCGCUCCUACUUCAUCCGCCUCUUCGACCUCAAGGAGAGGAGGCUGACAUGGGAGCUGGAGCUCUCCAGCCAGCUGGUCUAUUCCGCCGUCACCCCCUAUUUCCACACCUUCCCCGGGGACGAAUGCCAGGCCGGGCUGAACUUUGCGGACGAGGCUGAGGCCCGCGACUUCUACGCGCUGGUGGAGGAGAAGGUCCAGAAGCGACAGCAGAGGAUGGAGAAACGGCAGCUCCCCCCGCCACCUCCCCCGGUCAAUGAAGAGCGACGGGCAUCGACGCUGCCCCGAUCCCCGAUGCCCGGGGGAGACAUGAAUGGUCCCAGCAAACAGCCGAAUUCCCCCUCCGGCUCCUUGAACCUGGUGACGAUGGACAUCCAGAACCCGGACAUCACCUCGUCCCGGUACCGGGGGCUGCCGGUGCCCACGGCCGCCGAGAAGAAGAAGGGCAAGAAAAAGAUCUCCAAGGCCGACAUCGGCGCCCCAAGCGGAUUCAAGCAUGUCACCCACGUCGGAUGGGACCCCAACACCGGCUUUGACAUGAAUAACCUGGACCCCGACCUGAAGACGCUCUUCUCCCAGGCCGGGAUCAGCGAGGCGCAGCUGACCGACGCCGAGACCUCCAAACUCAUCUACGAUUUCAUCGAAGGCCAGGGCGGGCUGGAGGCUGUGAAGGAGGAGCUGAGACGCCAGGGCCCAGCACCACCCCCGCCCCCCAUGACCCGGUCCGGGCCCCUCCCUCCCCCACCCCCUUCCUCAGCGAGGGGCAGGUCUGGCCCAUUGCCCCCGAUCCCAGGCGGCCCCCCACCCCCCUCAUCUAUGCCAAAUAGGGGGCCUCUUCCCUCCCAGCCUCCCAGGGGGCAUCAGCCCCCACCUCGUGGGCCCCUUCCCUCUGCCUCCCGGUCUGGUCCGCCCCCCCCUCCGCCUGCUGCUGGGGCAGCACCCCCACCCCCACCUCCUCCACCCCCCCCUCCGCCCCCAGUCUCUUCAGGGCCUUGUCCCCCUCCCCCACUUCCUUCAGGGGGGGGCAGCUCCCCAGGGGGCCAGCCCGCUCCCCCCCCAAAGGGGCGUGGGGCCCUGCUGGACCAGAUCCGCCAAGGCAUCCAGCUCAACAAGACCCCCGAGAUGCUGGACUCCCCGCCGCCCCCGCAGAGCUCCGAGGGCCUGGUGGGGGCGCUCAUGCACGUCAUGCAGAAGCGGAGCAAAGUGAUUCACUCCUCGGACGAAGGCGAGGACAACGGCGGGGACGAGGAGGACGAUGACGAAUGGGACGACUGAGCUCCGUCCCCAGCAAGAAAAGCUCCCCCCUUGUGUGCUGGGCGCUGUGCCCCACUCCCCUGGGUGAUCCCCAGCCCACCUGGCCCCUUUGCAAUAAAGACAGCUCUCCGCUUGA